AUGAAUAAUGUGGACUUGCAGAAGGUUUUUGAUAAUGUGAAUUGGGGUUGUCUAGACUAUACUAUUUCCAGGUUUGGUUUUGGAAACGUGUGGAGAAAUCGGAUUAAAUGGUCUCUCUCUAAUACAAGAUUUUCUAUGGCUAUUAAUGGAGCUGCUUCUAGUUUGUUCAGAAGUACUAAAGGAAUAAAUAAGGGAGUUCCAAUAUCUCCUUUUCUUUUUAUUCUCAUUGCGGAAAUCUUGUCUAUGAUGAUAAAGAAGGCUGCAUCUUUGAAUUUAAUCUCUGGGUUCAAGCCAUCUAGUGAUUCCUUUGAGAUUAAUCAUUUGCAGUUUGCAGAUGAUUUAAUUGUCUUCUUGGAUGAUAGUUUCUCUGGCUUGAAGGUCAACUUCCAAAAAAGUGCACUUGUGCCAGUGGGUGAUGCAGAAAAUGCAGUGGAUGUUGCAGUUAUUUUUGGAUGUCAGGUAACAUCAUUUCUAAUGAAAUUCUUGGGUAUUCCUUUAGGCAGUAAGUCAAAGGAAGUGGGUUUUUGGGAUGUCAUUCUUCAAAACUUUAAGAAGAAGAUCAGUAUGUGGCAGAGGAAAUAUCUUUCAAAAGGUGGGAGGCUUAUGUUAAUUCAAAAUGUUUUAUCCAGCUUGCCAGUUUAUUAUUUAUCUUUGUUUCAAAUACCUACUUCAGUUGAGAAGCAAAUGGAGAGAAUAAUGAGACAGUUCUUAUGGGGUUCAAUUAAAAAGAAACCUAAGAAAGGUUGGGUAGGUUGGAAAAAAGUGAAUUUACCAAAGAAAUGUGGAGGUGAGGUAUAA